AUGGAUUCAACAUUAUCAAUCAUUCAAGUACGAUUGAAUAACUACGACGAAGAGAUGAAAAGUCUAACUGGUUUAUUAGCAUCAUACAACAAUGUUUGUAUUGAUACGGGCUUCACUCCAUUUUUAUGUGUUACACCACGAGGUGCAACCGAGUUGAUGAGAUAUGAAGAUAUGAAAUACAACACCGGCAAUUGCAAGUUGUUUCAAGUCGGAUUAAGUCUUUGUGAUGAUGAAGGGAAUAUAGGUGGUUGUUGGCAGUUCAAUCUAUGUGAUCCUCGUACGUACGUUCAAGGUGAAACCACUAGUAUAUUUCACAAAUUCAAAGUUGGUUUUGGUAACAUUGUAGAAAAGUUCUAUGGAAAAAUCAAGUGGGUUACAUUUCAUGGUAUGUACGAUUUAGCGUUCUUGAUUAGUAGUGUGCUCGAAUUGUCGAUACCAAGCACGAAAGAGCAGUUUCUUGAACUAGUUAAGAGAGUUUUUGGAAGGUUUUAUGAUCUUAAAGCAAUGGUUAAGCAAUAUGAGAACUACUUGGGUCCUUUGAGUGAGGAUGUGUUAGGGUUGGGGAAAGUGACUCAAAUGGUAGGGUUUAAACUACUCGGAAAGCGUCAUCAUGCAGGAUCGGAUAGCUUAGCAACGGCUCAACUUCUAACCAAGUUCUUUGAAUGGGAUCGUUCUAACUCUCGCUUCGAAAAUUUUCAAGACUACACAAAAUUUGAAGGGAUACUCUAUGGCAUAUCUCCAUCUCAAAGAAGUAUUGCAAAUACUCAUCAUCAAAAUGUUACUAAUAUUCAAGAGGCUGUUCAUAUGCGUCAUCAUAAUACAAUGUAUCUUCCUAAUGCUCCUAUGUUCUGUUAUGCGCCCCGUGGUCCAUUUUCGAGGAUACAAGCUCCGCCAUAUACGGUAAUAAGAGAUGGAUUGGGCAUCCCUUACGUUGUUUAUGGUAAUGUGCCCUCCAUGGUACAUGCUCCAUCAUCAAGUGUUGUAGUUUCUGCAAUUCCCCUAUGUUGUUAA